UCUUGCGGCCUUCUCGUUCUGAUAAUCGGUUUAUGCUCAAAUCAACCAAGUCAUUUUCAUUUUCCCUAACGCUGUGAUUUCUCUGCAAAGACGACAAUAGUUCACGCUUUGCCCUCCUGAGCUUGUCUAAGGUAACUUGUUUGGAUCCUGUAUGGUUUUUCCCUUCGCUAAUUUUGUUCGAGGAAUCAGAGAGGAAGUUCACAAAUCACGAUUUUUCACUUUAAUUUUCUCGGCCGCCAAACAACAAAACACUCUUUUCAUCUUGUGGAAUACCUAGUUCAUGGGAGUUGUCAACAGUGAGGAAAAAUGUAGUUUGCAGUGGAUGCUGAUUGUCAGUGGGUGUUUUGGUCAAGCAUAUCUUACAUCUAAUGGUAAAACCAAAGCAGCAGCAGCAACUUGCAGGAAGGUCUGCAAAGAAGAAGAAGACUCGAAGUUCUCAUGUAGACUCCUUCAAGUCCAAGACUAUCCGAGGUCUGCGUGGAGAAGGGGACUGGGUUAUAGUUAAGAAGCAGAGAGUCACCAUUCUGGUGCCUCCAGUACCUACAGCUAAAAAUUCCAUUAUGCCAAAGCCUGCAUCAAGUCAGUUGCAAGCUGUGCCCACGGAGAAGCCUGACUCUUUACCACUUUUUCCUGUCGAGACAUGCCUCAGGAUGCCUUCAGUCAACGAACGAGAGAAUUGUACUCUUCCUGCACCGACAAAAGGCUUUCAAAUUGCUAAAAAGUCUCCUGUGGAGCGCAUCCCAGCAAUGCCAAACCCACCAAGUCUGGAUUUUAAGAUGGCAUCAGAAAAUCAAGACUGUUUUGGUACUUCAAAGUCACAGAGGAUUCUCGGAGUAUCCAAUACCUCAAGAACCAUAAAGCGGCCAAAGUUGGAUGGCCCAAGCCUUGUGGGUGGGAACAUGUUACCACACCAGAGGCUGAGAGCAUCACAUCUCGAGAAGAAGCUUCAGAGAGCUGGUGGGUUGAGCCAGUGGCUAGCAUCACUUGGUCUAGGACACUUUGAGAGUAUUUUUCAGAGGAAGAGCAUCACUAAAUUUCAGUUGUUGAAUUUGACCAUGAACAAGCUCAGAGAAAUGGGUGCCUUUGCAGUUGGGCCUCGGAGGAAACUGAUACACGCCAUCGAUUGUGUUUGCCAGCCGUAUUGUUUUGAGGCUUCGUAAAUAUUCUUCAAAAUCCGAGUUUGGGAAACUGAAUGGGAAAAUUGAAGAAUGCGAUAGAAUACUGGAAACCCCGUCGUGUAGAUUAAGUUGUUUUAUGUCAUUUUGCCUAGAGGUGAAAUGCCAUGGUGAUUUACCAGUAAUGGGGAUUAUACUGAAGUGAAAAAUAGCCAGGCUGCAUAAUUUAUUAGUUUGCCAUAAUUUUAUAUUUCCGAGAAAUUACAGUUUUAUUACAUA